AUGGCGGAUAGUGGAAGUAAAAUAGGAGAGGAUGAUGAAGUUCCUGGUCGUGUUAAGGACAAUAUGUGUCAACCAUGUUUAGAUAAGGAUAAGCAAACUGUAGCUGACAAGUUUUGUUCAACUUGUAAUGAAUUUCAAUGUAAUGAUUGUUCAAAUGUACACAACGUUCUCGCCAUCUUGAAAAAUCAUAAAUUGGUUAGCGCUAAAGAAGCUAAUGCUGCAAGUAUUUCGUUUGAAAUGAAGGCAUUAGAUUUAUGUGAUGAACAUCAACGUUCUUUUGAAUUCUUCUGUGAGGAUGAAAAGAAGCUUUGCUGCAGUUCUUGCGCUAUUGUUAAUCACCGAAAGUGUCAUAGCGUUGUAGAAAUUAAGAAGAUCGCUGGGAAAAUAACCUCACCAAGUUCUACAUUAGGCGAGAAAUUGAAGGAAGCUAAGGAAGCUGCUGAGGGUGUUGCGAGACAGAUUCGCUCUUCAACAGAUCAACUUGCUGAAGAUGUCAAAGAAAUACAUGUAAAGAUUAGACAAAUGCGAGAUGAAGUAAUGAGAAUGUUUGAUGAUUUAGAAGAUUCCGUUAACAAAAGAGCUGAAACUCUGCAGAAACAGACAUUAGAAAAACUGACAAAGAAGCAAGCACAAAACGAGAAACAUUUGGCCGAUGUAAAAUCGUUUUUAGAAACUAUUGAAAGCAUUUUCAAAAAUGGAACUCCAGUACAGAAAUAUAUAGCAGAACAGAAAAUGGAGAGUAAAGUCAAUGCUAUCUGCAGAAACAUCAAGGAGGAAUGUCAGAAAUUAGAAAAGGUGAAUAUUUCUUUUCAUUUUGACGAAACUUUAAAACUGCCACCAUUACCAGUUACUGAAUAUGUUCCAGGACAGUUACUUUUAAAGUCCAAUCGCCAGGAAGAUGUUAAUUCUGUUAACAUGACGAUGACAUUAAAGCCAGUUUCUUUCAUUGGUUUAAAGCAGACUGGAGAUGAUGAUGGGAAGCCGUUAUAUUCAGGUAUAGAUUUCCUACCUGAUGGUAGACUUGUGACUGUUGAUCAUAGAAACAAGAAAUGUUUAGUGUACAAUGAGAAGCUUGAGAAAGUAGAAUCAUAUCAGCUAUUUUACACCCCAUUUUCUGUUGUUGUAGUAUCUGAGGAGGAAGUAGCGAUAACACGCGGUGGUGGAUACAAUAUAGAAUUUCUACAUUUUAGUAAAUGUAAUAAAGUAACUUCAAGAAGGACAUGUAAAGUGAAAACGAAAUAUGACUCUAUAUCUUUAAAAGAUGAUAAACAGUUUGUAGUAGGGACUUAUGAUGAAACAAGACCUGUUCGUAUUUUAUCAUUGACAGGAAAGGAGCAUGAUUUUAGUGUUAACUUUCAAAACAAGACAUAUCCGAUAGGCACUAGUGAUUGUACUUACAUAAAGAGCAGCGACAAAGUUGUGAUUACAGAUAGAUACGAGCAUACUGUCUACAUAUAUAAUAUCAAGACAGGCACGAGAGUCGUAGUGAAGGAUGAUCAUAUACUGGAACCAUGUGGUGUAGCAGUUGGCCCGUGUGAUACUAUCCUGGUGUGUUGUCGUACAACAAACACCAUUGUACAGAUAUCACAAACAGGUCAGAUAUUAUCAUCGUACAAGUUAGAUAUGACAUAUCCAUAUAGAGUAUGUGUCUCACGUGAUAAAUCAUUUCUUGUUGUUACAAAUAACUGUGUUGGAAAUAAGAAAAUGCAGAAAUUCAAAAUAUCAUGUUAG